UAUAGUUCGCAGCAAGGCGCUCGCGCGAAGUUAUGUCUGGUGGCCGUGUAUCGAAGCGGAUCUUGAGCGUAUGGUUCAAUCAUGUGCAAAGUGCCAAGAACAACGCAGCGCCCCUGGCAAAGCACCACUGCAUCCGUGGUCCUGGCCCACAGCGCCGUGGCAACGCAUACACAUUGAUUUUGCAGGACCCUUUCAACAAUCCAUGUUUCUCAUAGUGGUCGAUGCCCACUCCAAGUGGCCGGAAGUUUUUGUGAUGCCGUCGACUACUACAGAGGCCACAAUUCAGUGUUUAAGAGAUGUUUUUGCACGUUUCGGUUUCCCCGAGACAAUUGUGUCGGAUAACGGGCCACAAUUCACGUCACAGGACUUCAAACAGUUCGUCCGAGAGAUGGGCUGCCGACACGUGCAAACAGCACCCUACAAUCCUAGCGCAAAUGGGCUCGCGGAACGUUUCGUGCAAACUCUGAAGAAUGCGCUGCGAAAGGAUGACACGCACCAACCACUGAAGGUAAAGUUAAACAAGUUUCUGCUCGCCUAUCGGAACACUCCUCACGCUACAACGCACGAGGCGCCGGCCAACUUGUUGUUGGGUCGACGUUUGCGUACGCGCCUUGACGUGCUCAAACCUGUGGUGGGGGAGAGGGUGGCUUACGAACAGUUCAAACAGACGGUGAACCGACAAUGUCGAGUGCGCGAAGUCACUCUUGGUGAUCAUGUUCUCGCACGCAAUUACAGGGGACAGCCAAAAUGGAUGCCAGCAGUAGUAAUGGCCCAGACUGGACCAGUGUCUUUCAAGGUUCGUGUAUCAACCCCUUCUGGAUGCUUGGAGUGGCGGCGUCACAAGAACCAGUUGCUUCAAAGCACGACAGUGCCUGCGGAAAACGUCGUUCAAGACGAUGAGUUCUCCGUGGGGCCACACAGCGACCUCGGAUGGGGACCAGCUGCGGAAAACUCCGUUGAAGGCGAUGGGUUCGCCGUGGGGCCACACAGCGACCGCGGAUCGGGACAAGCCUUUUCAGUACCACCAGCUAGUGUUUCUCUCUCACCACCGACGUCGCAGGCUGACACUGCACGGGGUGACGAGGAUCGACGCUACCCAAUUAGAAAUCGUCGACCACCUGAUAGGUUCCAAGCAGGAACGUGAACUUUGCUAGUUUCAUAAUAAAAGCGGAGGAAGUGUUGUGUCGGCGAUAGCGCGCCUGAUAAGCAGACUGCUGUUAGUGCGCAUGUGCGCACAAGUACUUAUAAUGUCUUGCUAUGUGCGUGAACCGUUGAUUCUAGAUGUAACCAGGAGCCCGUAAGCUUCGGGCAAUAAACACCGUUUUCCUGUUUGAUCCCUUGCCUGG